UUCAUUUAUUUUGUGCUGCUAUAUCUUUGUGUUCCAGCGAUUGUGUUGCAUACUUGGAUUGUACUUGGAAUCUUAUUCAAUUAGUUGGGCACUCUACCUUCAAUGACGAACAAAGAAGGCUCUCCUUUUAUGCUGCAAUGUUCCUUCCACUUAGGAAGACCAUGUAUAAAGAUAGGAAAGCAAAAGAUGUUCCUGUUGUGAAUUAUAUUUUCAGAGACUCCCUUAAACAAAGAGUUAGUGAUGCUGAAACUGUUAUUAAUUUACACAAUGCAUUGGAGAAGUUUGUGUCUUUGCUUCCUCACUUUGUACCAAAUGGGGAUGUAAAACUCGCCGAAGUUGAUUUGGGAAGAGAAUAUGUUGAUGUCCCUCUUACAUCAGAAGAAUCGAAACUCCGAGUGUACGUUAACAGUGGGCAUGCAUCCUUGGUGGUGUAUCAUGAUGAAUCGUUGGGAAAUGCUUCAGGAGUUUAG